AUGGCUUCCCCCAUGGACUUUCUCAAGGCUUGCGAGAACCGCAGAACCAUCUACCAAUUGACCGACAAGAUCCCCAUCUCUGACGCUCGUGUCGAGGAGAUCGCCAAGCACAACAUCCUUCACGUUCCCAGCAGUUUCAACUCUCAGUCCACUCGUAUCGUUGUUCUGCUCAACGAGGAACACAAGAAGUUCUGGGAGAUCACCAAGGAGUGCCUGAAGCCUCAAGUACCCGAGGAGCAGUUCCCUCAGACCGAGAAGAAGCUCGAUGGCUUCAAGGCUGGUCACGGCACUAUCCUCUUCCUGAACGACCCCAACCCCGUCAAGAAGCUCCAAUCUCAGUUCGCUCUCUACGCUCAGCACUUCCCUGGCUGGGCCACUCAGUCCAACGCCAUGGCCCAGUACCACCUCUGGACCGCCCUCGAGGCCGAAGGCUGUGCCUGCAACCUCCAGCACUACAACCCUAUUGUCGACCAACGUGUGGCCGGAGAGUGGAACUUCCCUCAAGAGUGGGAACUCCAGGCCCAGCUUGUCUUCGGUGGUUACGCAGAGGGUGCCCGCGAGGCUGUCGAGAAGGGCGGCAAGCAGCAGCAGCCCAUUGAGGAGAGACUCUUCAUCCACGGCAGCAAGGCUUAA